CUCCAACUAUUCUCUUGCUUCAAUUAAUUGCCCAUUCUCUUGCUUCAAUUAAUUGCCCAACACUCAUUGCUGAUUUGCAUUUUCAUGAUGGUGUUUUACUAUAAACUUAUUGAUGUACUACUUAUCUUUUCUGUAUUAUCAGUCAACAUUGCAAACUGCAAGCACUGCCCAUUAAAUGGACACUGUAAAGAAGGGACUCAUUGUUUUGCAUGCAUUCCGGGGGGUGAAUUAAUACCCGAAUGUGUUAGAUCUGCCGCUACAAAUCCGUUCACCCUACUUAAUAACUCUCUACCAUUUAACAAAUAUGCGUUCUUGACUACCCAUAACGCAUUUGCAAUUACCGGCGUGCUAUCUCAUAAUGGUGUUCCCAAUGUGGCUCCCAGAAAUCAAGAAGACAGUGUCGCUCAGCAGCUCAAUAAUGGAGUUCGCGGAUUAAUGCUUGACGUGUACGAUUUUGAAGGAGACAUUUGGUUAUGCCAUUCCAGGGAAGGAGAAUGCCAUGACGUUACUGCUUUUAGGCCAGCAAUGGACACAUUGGUGGAAAUUGAAGUCUUCUUAUCAGCAAAUCCUUCAGAAAUUGUUACAAUAAUCUUGGAGGACCACGUUCAAACCCCGAAAGGUUUGACAAAGAUUUUGACAAAAUCUGGAUUAAUGAAAUACAUGCUUCCUCUGUCCAAUAUGCCCAAAAAGGGUCAAAAUUGGCCUCUUGUUAGUAAAAUGGUGGCUUACAAUCAUAGACUUCUCGUCUUCACUUCCGACAAAUCUAAAGAAGAAACUGAAAUGAUUGCAUACCAGUGGAACUACAUGGUUGAAAACAAAUAUGGAGAUGAGGGACUUAAGGGAGAAUGCAGGAACCGGGUCAAUUCGUCGGCUCUAGAUGACAAAACUAAAGCACUAGUUUUGGUAAACUACUUUAGGACCCCACAAUUUCCCUAUAUAUAUCCAACGAAGGCUUGUGUAGAUAACUCAGAGCCGCUACUGACUAUGGUUGAUGCAUGCUCUGUUGCUGCGGGUCAACGUUAUGCUAAUUUUUUGGCAGUUGAUUUUUACAAGAUGAGUAAAGGAUCCGGAGGAGGAGCAUUUCGAGCUUUGGAUAAGCUCAAUGGACAACUAAUAUGUGGUGAAGAUGAUGUGCAAUCUUGUAAAGUACACUGAAACAUAUCAAGAAUACACUUCAAUAUGCCAAAUUGAAUUGAAGAUGUAACAAAAUAUUGAUUGAAUUUUGUCUGUAUGUUUUCAAGUAUGUUUUCAUGUUAAUUAAAGUAUGUUGUAUGGAAUUUCAAGCGUUUACCGCAAUUAACGACACUUCAAUAUUGAUAAAUGUUGUUACUAUGAUCAUUAAGUUAU